CGCCAGCAAUUGAUUGCUCUCAUAACCAAUUCACUAGCGCCUCCGAGUGCACAGCUCGUGUCGUCCCGCCAUCAUGGCUCCCCUCCCGCCCACUGCCUCCUCCUCUUCCUCCAAGCCCUCCGCCCGCGCCCUCCGCCAAGCCCGCGUCGACGGCACCAUCCACCCCCUCCUCCCCUCCAAGCUCUUCCGCCCCGACGCCGCCGUCUCCGACUCCUUCCUCUCCACCAAGCGCGACCGCCGCACCAUCCGCCGCUCCGUCUUCGUCUCUCGCGUCGCCGACUCCUCCGCCCAUUCCCGCACCCGUACCUCUUCCUCCUCCGGCCGCGUCUCCCGCCGCAAGAGCCAAAAGAGCCGCGAGGCGAAGAGCCGCCUCGGCAACCUCUCCGCCCUGGCCAGCGCCCUCGACGACCUCCAAGACGACGAUGGCGGCGGUGGCGAUGCUGAUGAUGAUCAAGGCAGGGACGCCGGCGAGGCAGCCAGGGCGGGCCGCAUCCGCCACCGCAGCAUGAAGAUGACCAAGGGCGCGCUCAAGCGCAAGGAGCGAAUCGUGCGCGGCGAGAUGCACCGCUUUGGCGUCAGCAUGGCCAAACUCGCCGAGACGACGGGCCCUGCCGCCGCCGCUGACGCUUCUUCCACAGCGGUGACGGGCUCAUCGGCCACUGUGUCUGGGGUCAAGGACUCUGGCAAGUUGAAAGGCAAAGCUGGUGAUGUCGCCGUGGCAGAAGGUGCCAAAGAACCGCAGCAACAUCAUCCCUCCGAUACGGGCAAUCGGUGGGCGGCCCUGCGAGGCUACAUUUCCUCCACCAUGGAGCAGAACCCUGCGUUCAGAAAGUAGAAAUGUUCCAGCGUCUGAUUGAUACCCGAAAAGGGGGAUGGGUAGAUGGACUUUGGUAGCCGGGUUGCGGCACGGAAUAAGGACAUGGUCCAUGUGGUUCAACCAACUAUGCAUCGACGGAGUUGGCGGCGUUUGGCACGAAAAGAAUCUUUACAUGUUCGCAUUCAGCUAGCUAGUCAUAUUCACAUGGGAACCGAUGCGUCGUAG